CCACCAAGCCCCCAAUUGACGGGAACCUCUCCGGCAGAAAACCAGCUCUGACCCGCCCGGCACGCCCAUCACGAUGCCGAAUCCAGCCCCGAAAAAGCCCACUCGCUCCGCCCCAGAAGCACCGCAGCUAACCACCUCGCCUUACUCCUCGUCCAAACUUUUGAACCUCCCCCCCCAAAUUCCCUUCCGUCCUCCGUCUGCCGACCCGGCUUCCCCGUGCGUUCUGAACCAACCUCGGCCCAUCCCCCAAACCCGCCAAUUGGGCCCUUCUCUCCUUCCUUUGCGUACCCAAGGUAACGAAGGAAAAAGAGAAGCUCGGCUUAGUCGCUACACAAUCGUCGUACUCCGACAAACCUUCAACGGGAGAGGAUGCACUCCAUCGCCAGGCCGGCGUCGCGCCUAGCAGUCCACGCCCGCCUCGGAACGGCAAACCUCUCACGAUGGAGGACCCUCGCGGCUCUCCCGCCUCCGCGCCAUCAUAACCUCCCAUUGUCGUCGUUGCCGCCCGCCUCUCGACGCCUCUACUCGGAUCUGCCACCCAUCUUCGCUCCUCCGCCGCCGAAAGAAGAGCCAAAGCAAGCUUCCCCGACCUCGACCUCCUCGUCGACGACGACCAGCGACCCGUCCGCUCAGAGCUCCGAUGCGACAUCCUCAAGCUCCACCACAGCUCCCGGCUCGUCCUCAAGCUCGACACCAGACAAUGACACCACAACGAGCUCCUCCUCACCCAAACCCGACACCCCCAAACAACCCUCCCCCAACCCAGACGACCCCCUCCCAGACACCGCAACAAAAACCUACACCGCCCUCCCCCCAGCCCUCUCCGAAAAACUCUCCCACCUCCUCGACACAGCCCAAACCCGCCUCCUAACCGCCUCAACAACCCUAAACACCCUAACAGGCUACAGCCCCAUCGAAGAAAUCAAACGCCAAAACACCCUCCUCGAAACCCGCCUCGCCGAAGCCCAAGAUCUAGUCCGCACAGCCCGCCUAACCUACAAAACCACAAACGCCAAACGCGCCACGACCCAACGGGAAGUCACCACCCUCCUCGCGCGCAAAGAAAUGUGGUCCCCGACAGAUCUGGAACGCUUCACCCAGCUCUACCGCCAAGACCACUCCCUCGAACAGGAAGUCUCCGCCGCCUCAGAAGCCCUCACGGACGCAGAACACGCAGAGCAAGCGCUAGGCCAGCAACUCAACGCGGGGAUCCUAAAACGCUACCACGAGGAACAAAUCUGGUCCGACCGCAUCCGCCGCGCGUCGACGUGGGGAACUUGGGGGUUGAUGGGCGUCAACGUCCUCCUCUUCAUCGUGCUGCAAUUCGUCGCGGAGCCGUGGAAGCGCAGACGGCUUGUGCGCGGCGUCGUCGAGGAAGAAAAGGCUGUGCUCGAGGGCGUGACGGCCGAGUUGGCGGGGCUAAAGGCCGCGUUGGCGCAGAGGGAGGCUUAUGACGACGCCGCUACUGCUGAUGAUGUGGCUGCGUACAUGGCAUCCACCACCGCGGCGGCGGCGGCGACAGCGACGACGAUACCUGAAGCGGAGGAGCUCCUAGCAGCAAAGGUCGAGGAGCCGGCCGUCCAGCACGAGAUGGAGCGCGAGGUCGCGAGUGCGCUCGAGGUCUUGGAGGAGCAAGUCCCCGAGACAAAGUCGUGGCGCGAGCUGCUUUCCAACCCAGAGUUCCUAAAGGCGAGAAUCGCAGAUCUGUACAGUGAGCGCCGCAUCGAUCUCCGCAUGCGCGAUGCGUCCAUACUGGCUCUCGAGGGCGCUGCUGCUGGGGCGACGUUCGCGGCGGCUCUGGCAUUGCUGCUUGUAAGAAGGACAUGA